GCGGGGGCGCCAAUCAGCAGGCGGCAGGGUGCCAGCCCCAGGGCUGGACCGACGAAUCGCCAGGGCCCAGGGCCCGGGAUAGGAGGCGGGUUUUACCCGCACAGCCGCGGCGGCAGAGGAGCAGCAGCAGCAACGGCAGCAGCUAGAUAGCUAAGCUAAGCCACCGAGUGCCGAGCUAGCUAUCUUGCAGUCGGGAGUUUGAUUCGCUGCGCGGCAACGGUUGGAUAAAGAAGGCCUCUUUCUUUCUGGAAAUUGCUGCUGUCUGGUAAGAACAUGUCAUCUAUCUUACCAUUCACUCCACCAGUUGUGAAGAGGCUGUUGGGAUGGAAGAAAUCUGCCAGUGGUUCUGGAGGAGCAGGUGGUGGAGAACAGAAUGGACAGGAAGAAAAAUGGUGUGAGAAAGCAGUUAAAAGUUUGGUGAAGAAGCUAAAGAAAACUGGAAGAUUAGAUGAACUUGAAAAAGCUAUCACUACUCAAAACUGUAAUACGAAAUGUGUAACAAUACCAAGCACUUGCUCUGAAAUUUGGGGACUGAGUACACCAAAUACGAUAGAUCAGUGGGAUACAACAGGCCUUUACAGCUUCUCUGAACAAACCAGAUCCCUUGAUGGUCGUCUACAAGUAUCUCAUCGAAAAGGAUUGCCACAUGUCAUUUAUUGCCGCUUGUGGCGCUGGCCAGAUCUUCACAGUCACCAUGAACUUAAAGCAAUUGAAAACUGUGAAUAUGCUUUUAAUCUUAAAAAGGAUGAAGUUUGUGUAAACCCAUACCAUUACCAGAGAGUGGAGACUCCAGUUUUGCCUCCUGUAUUAGUGCCACGGCAUACUGAGAUUCUAACAGAACUACCCCCCUUGGAUGACUAUACUCAUUCCAUUCCAGAAAACACUAAUUUCCCAGCAGGAAUUGAGCCCCAGAGUAAUUACAUACCAGAAACACCACCCCCUGGAUAUAUCAGUGAAGAUGGAGAAACAAGUGAUCAACAAUUAAACCAAAGUAUGGACACAGGAUCUCCAGCAGAACUUUCUCCUAGUACUCUUUCCCCAGUUAAUCAUAGCUUGGAUUUGCAGCCAGUUACUUAUUCAGAGCCUGCAUUUUGGUGUUCAAUAGCAUAUUAUGAGCUAAAUCAAAGGGUUGGAGAAACCUUUCAUGCAUCACAGCCUUCACUGACUGUAGAUGGAUUUACAGAUCCAUCAAAUUCAGAGAGAUUUUGCUUAGGUUUACUUUCCAAUGUUAACCGAAAUGCUACAGUGGAAAUGACAAGACGGCAUAUAGGAAGAGGAGUACGCUUGUAUUAUAUUGGUGGAGAAGUUUUUGCUGAGUGCCUAAGUGAUAGUGCAAUCUUUGUCCAGAGUCCAAAUUGUAAUCAGAGAUAUGGCUGGCAUCCCGCAACAGUGUGUAAAAUUCCACCAGGCUGUAAUCUAAAGAUCUUCAAUAACCAGGAGUUUGCUGCUCUUUUGGCUCAAUCUGUGAAUCAGGGUUUUGAAGCCGUGUACCAGUUAACUAGAAUGUGCACCAUAAGAAUGAGUUUUGUUAAAGGUUGGGGAGCAGAAUACAGAAGGCAGACAGUAACAAGCACCCCUUGCUGGAUUGAACUUCAUCUGAAUGGACCCCUACAGUGGUUGGACAAAGUAUUAACUCAGAUGGGAUCCCCUUCAGUGCGUUGCUCAAGCAUGUCAUAAGACCUUCACAUCCUAGUUCCUGUGGACUAAAUAUUUAGUCCUAUCAACAGACUUAUGAUCACGGCUCAUCUGUCGUAGUAUUUUUGUGUGGUCUCCAUGAACUGUUUACUAUCCAAAAAUUCAAGAGAGAAAAAAACAGCACUUGAGGUCUCAUCAUUUAAAGCACCUUGUGGAUUCUGUUUCCUAUUAUUCUACUAGAUGGAAAAAUUAGUGUAUAGAAAUACCUUCUUCUAAUAGGAGGAAGGGGAGGUUUUAAAGACUUAAUGGUGUCUUAUUGGGCAUAAAACUGAGUGUCCCAAAGGUUUAAUAAUUACAUAAAUAGUUGUGUACAGGUAAUGUAUCAUGAUCUCCAAUAUCACAGUAUUGUUGUGCUAUUCAUACAUUUUUAGUUUUCAUAAGUUGGUGUGUGUGCACUGCUUCUUAAUUUAGGUAAGCCUUCCAUAAAAUGCAAGUUUUUAAGCUGUUAUCCCCACUUUUUCAUUAUUUUUGUGGUUUUUUUUAAAUAUAUGCUCACUUAUAUAUGUACUUAUAAUCAGAUCUUCAUUUUGUCAUAAAGAAGCAGAUUUUCCUUGUCAAAAACUGAUUUUUUUUUUCCUGCCUUUUACCAAAAAUAAACUAGUGGGGGAACAAAAGUGGUUUAAUCUUUUGAAAUCUUAGACCUUUGGUAUGUUCAGUGGAGCUUAAAAAAAAAUCUAUUUUUCUUGAUUUAAUGUUAAUCCCAUUGGUUUAGAAAUCAUCAGUGUGGUGGUGUUAUUUUUAAAAAUCUCCUUAUCUUCCCUCCUUUCUCCCACUAUCAUUCUUAUACCAAAACAGCGUAGCAUGACAUCUGUUGCCAGUAAUGGUUGCACUGAUACUGCUGGCACAAGUUAAUUCUGGGGUAUAAUUAAAAUUCAUAUUUAGUAAAUCCCCUUGUCCUACAAAUUUUGACAAACAGCAAUUGACUUGUGCAAACUUAGCAGUUUAUGGAUUUAUCCUUUGCACCUCAUAUGUACAGGUGGCAGUAUAAUUUUUUUCAGGGAUAAGCUAGAUUUAUUUCAGUAUAUUUAUCUUUUUUUUAAAAAAGUCAAUGUGUAAGUUUAAAUACACUGAUUUUUUUUUUAAGUAUUUCAAAAUAUUUCAGCAACAAACCAUAUUCUUUGAUUUGAGUGGUUUCAUAUUGAUUAGUUACCAGAUUGUAUUAUGUACAUUAUAAAAUAAGGGCCUUGUGUAAAUGUAGUCACUUCAGAAAAUGUCUCAAAGAGCAGGGCUGAGGAGCACUCAGCAGAGAAGGAUUGUUCUUAUGAUAUGUUCUUAUGUUCAAAGAUUUACAAUUUCUAUCACAUUCUGAAAUCACAGAACUGCAGAAUUAAAGGGUUGGAAAGGGCCUCGGAUUUUCUUGUUUACAUAUUGCCUGCAGUCAGGACUGAACUUAACCCUGAAUUUUAGGUGGUUAUCUAUCUUAAUUUUAUUUAAAAGUCUCAAGAGGAGAUUCCAGAAACUCCUUUGGUACUCUAUGUCAGCAAUUAAUUUUUAACCUAACUUUAAUUUUUCUUACCAUAGUUUAGGAAUUUCCUUCCACUCCAUCCUUGAUGGAAAUGGAUAGGCAUUCUUCCCCAUUUCCCAAGAGAUCUCAUCUUUUAACUCAGCUCUUUAAUACUUUUGGUUGUUCUUGCUCCCCUGGUUUCCAUAUACAUAUACUUUUUUGUUCAUAGCUGCAAAUUUGGCAUGGUACUAUUAAGUACCUCAUUUAAUUAAGAUAAAGAUUUUUGUUUUAAAUAAAGAUUUGCUCUACAAAGAUACGGAUUGAAGAAUCUGAGAAAAUGAGUCUCCCUGAUUCAUUUUGCUUGACAAGUGUCCUCAAUCUGUAAAAGCACUGCUUCAGCUGUCAUGCUGUUCAGUUUUUUCCUCUACUUGAAGUCCUUGCUGCUGAAUUCUGCUACCAUAGUUUUCCAAAGCUGUCACCACCACUGUUUUAAAGCUGCCACCACUGCAGUAAAGACACUGCAGUGACCACUGCCUCUGCCAGACCUCCUGACAACAGUGGGGUUCCAGCUUUGAACUAUUCAACCUAUUUUAGCAGUUGCUUUGAAGCUGAUAUCAGCUUCUAAAGCUAUCAGUGCCAGAGCUGUUGUGCUGCCUUCAGGAGCUGUUAAUGCCACUUCUACAGCUUUUCUUCACCUGAUUGACAGCUUUCUUUGGAAUGGUAGUAGGUACUGGUAGUUGAGGCAGGAGUUUUAGCAAAUAUCAUUGAUACCAGGUGAGACACUAACAUCUGGAAUUAUCAACACAUUAAGCAGGUAUCAACAUAUUAAGCAGGGGAGCAUAUUUCUUACAGUGUGAUGAAAUUAAUGGGAGUGAAUUAUUUUCCUGUAUAAAAUUAAGCUUUACACAGAACUUAUAUACACCUCUGUUACACGAAGCAACCAUAUCUGUAUAUUGGAAUUACUUCGUGGUGUGGUUAGUUAAGCUUCUGUGAACAAUAUAUCUUGGUGUCAUGUUAACUUUUUAAUGAAAAUACAUUGCUGUCUUAUUUGUUUCUA